AAACGUAUUUUAAAGAAAUAAUUCGCCAACAAAAUUAUUUUAAAGCUCAAUUAUGGCAAACAUGUGAAGACAUACAAGAUAUUAAAAAUAAUAUUUUAACUCAAGCUCCUAAUGACAAUACUCAAAGACAAGCAUCAGUUUUCUGUUCUUUCGAGCUUCCACUAAACACGGAACAACAAUUACAAGAGGUCGAGCAAUUCUUGAAAAAUCAGGAUAAUUUUAAGAUAUCGGUUAUAGAAGCAUCACGUACUGGUGGUAAACAUUGUUAUGAAUUUAUGAAACGAAACUUGAAUCAACUUCUAAGCAAUAAGUUGGCCGAAAAAUACAGUUGGUUGGGGAAGAAACACAAGAAAAUAUUUCAGGAAUUGAAAUUAACGGAAAUGUUAAUUG